AGUCUGUGUAGUUCUUGUGUUGCGGUUCGUGUCUGGGGGAGGCUGAGCUCGCUGAGACUGCACCUCAGGGGCGAUGGCGGAGGGAGAUAAUCGCAGCACCAACCUGCUGGCUGCAGAGACUGCAAGUCUGGAAGAGCAGCUGCAAGGAUGGGGAGAAGUGAUGCUGCUGGCGGAUAAAGUCCUCCGAUGGGAAAGAGCCUGGUUUCCACCUGCCGUCAUGGGUGUGGUUUCCUUGGUGUUUCUGAUUAUCUACUAUCUAGAUCCAUCUGUUCUUUCCGGUGUUUCCUGUUUUGUUAUGUUUUUGUGCUUGGCUGACUACCUUGUUCCCAUCCUAGCGCCUAGAAUUUUUGGCUCCAAUAAAUGGACCACUGAACAACAGCAAAGAUUCCAUGAAAUUUGCAGCAACCUAGUAAAAACUCGACGCAGAGCUGUGGGUUGGUGGAAACGCCUCUUUACACUAAAGGAAGAAAAGCCUAAGAUGUACUUCAUGAGCAUGAUCGUUUCUCUUGCCAUGGUUGCUUGGGUGGGACAGCAAGUCCACAACCUGCUUCUCACCUACCUGAUAGUGACUUUCGUACUGUUGCUUCCUGGACUGAACCAACAUGGAAUCAUUUCAAAGUACAUUGGAAUGGCCAAAAGGGAGAUAAACAAGCUUCUCAAACAAAAAGAAAAGAAAAAUGAAUAAUGCAUCUGCUUUAUUCAGUGUGAUUAAUGGAGUGCACAUUGUCCCUGGGAACAGUUUCUACUAUGCUAUCUGGAUACUAAAAUGUUAACAGAAGUAGCUCUUUGUUCUCCCUCACUCUGCCCUUAGUUAAAAGAAACUCACACUUGCCAAGUACGGCUUUAUGCAUAGUGUCUUCGUGUCAGGUGUAGGUGGGUGCAUUCUAUCAGUUGGCUUUGUACAGACAACUCAUUAGUGAGUAUGAUUUGUUUUGAUUUUUCUCACCCAGGGUUAAUGAAAUUCUUACUUUUGGACAACUUCCUUUAAAAUAAUAUAGUGGUGAACUUUAUCCUUUGGUACAGUUAACAGUGACUCUGGAUAAUUGUUCAAGUUGGUCUUUGCUUUAGCUAGAUGCAAGGCAGUGGUCUGUGGCUACAGGAAGCUGGUUCUACUGUCUGCUUCCACAGUCUGCUUCAAAAACUGUCUGGCUUUAUGAAUAUAUGAGAGACCAAGUUGACCACUUCUGAUGAAGAGACCAGUUAAGAUUCAUUCCUCAUUCCGUUUCUUUACUGGGGGGAAGAAUCCCCAUGGAAUUAAUGAAACUAAAUCCAUGUGUUUCUCCCUUGUGUAAAAUAGCAAUAUGUAGGAAACACUGUUCCUUUCCUUCCAAAAGGGGAAUCUAACAUGCUUAGAGCUCUUGUCCCAUUGUACUCAGACUUCAAGUUAGUAACUCCUUAAAGGCUUUUUAAUACCAGAUUUCCAAAGGGUUUUAUUUAGUAUUUUUAGCAUACUUUUAAUUUCAGAUUUUCAGCUGAUUUAAAGUACACAGUAGAUUAAGACUCAUGUCUAUGACCUUUACUCCAACACCAGCCAGUAAAGGACAGAAGUCUUCCUAUGUUCACCCAAGAUUUAUUUCAUUAGAAAAUAAUCUUAUUCUACUAAUUAUUUUUAUUUUUAUUUUUUUUUAGUCAUUAAUUUUUGAGAGACCAGAAUAAGCAUUUAAAACUUAAGCCUCAAACUUCUCAUUUUAUGGUAAUACUGGCUGUUUGGUUCUCAUAGGUUUGGCAUAGGAGAUAGUGACUACACUGGUGUCUGACCUUUUCCUUGAAUAUUUCUCUGAAAAAUGCAAGGGCUCUUGGUGAGAGCAGACUUGUGAUGAUAGCUAGUUGGCCUCUGGUCUACAUAGAUUUUGUAACUUCCUUUGGAAAACUUAUAAUCAUUCUUUCCCUCUCAGUAGUUAGAAAUUUAGAGUAGUUGAAAUCUGUAGAAAUGAACCUUUGAGGGCCAAAAAUGUGACAUAUUUGGGAACAGUUCUUAAAUUGAUUAGCUGUAAGAUAGUUUUGUGAAUUUAUUGCACUGAUGCUGUAGAACCUGUACCUUGUAUAUCUGUCCCUAAAUAAGUGUCAUUUUCUUCCCUUCAAUAUUGCUGUAAACAGUGGUGCCCAUUGUAGCAUAUGUUUGAUUUUUUUUUUUUUUUUCAUAUGAAAACUACCUUAAUUUAACAUGUGUUUCCUCAUUGUAAAUAAGCCUGUCUUUCUACCUGGGUUUUUUUGUGUAUACAUGUUCUACUGAUUAACUACUUUUGCAGUUUAUUAUUUCUUCUACUUUGAUUUGUGAAAAGGGGGAAAAAUAAAAAAUCUGGAGUCUC